CGCAGGGCGUGCCGAUUCCCGGCCCCACGUGACUUCUACAUGACGUCGACCGAUCGAGCUGGUAUGCAGAUGUUGCUGGCGCAAGUUCCUUCUCUCAUUCUCUUCCAAUUACUUCCUUUCGUUACGAGAGAGACGUUUGAGGUCGUUUCUUCUUGCAUAUUUGCCCGCAUGCUCAGUCCUGCGUGAUUCGAGCCCGUACAUAGCUUAUCUCCACUCCCUUUGCCUUUCCUGCGGGCUGCACUCGCUCACGAUGCGCGCGGCGGUACUCCGGAGUCGUCCGGACGGCCCUGCGCUGAGGUCAAUUGGAUCUUUGGCGACUGGUUUCAAAGCUUCAAAGACUGCUUUGGCUGCCAGUUUCCCUAUCACCCGCUCGCUGAACACUUCCUCCCGCCGACCUCUACCCCAGCGUCCCUACGGCCCGACUCCCAAUGUAUCGAUCCCGAUCCGGUUCCAGUCUGAUAAGGCAGCUGCAAAGGUUACCGUCAAGCAGCGGCCAAAGGUUCUAGCAGCGCUCUACAAGUCGUUUGCCUUCUGUGGUUUCUUUGUUAUCGGUACCGGUGUCGUGGUCCUCGCCUUCUUCCUCUACGAUGCUAGUACAUACCGCGAGACCCCGACCGCGGAGGAUAUCCCUGUCUCUGAAUUGGCACUCAACCCACGCCGGGGUGGACCCAAGAAUUUGCCGAUUGCGGAUGUUCUUGUUGGCGACUACGAUUCGGAAUCUAUGAUUGAGCAGAAGGAUAAGCCUCGUCUGGUUAUCCUGGGUACCGGUUGGGGCAGCAUUGCCUUGCUCAAGAAUCUGAACCCGGGUGACUACCACGUUACCGUUGUUUCUCCGACUAAUUACUUCCUGUUUACUCCCAUGUUACCCUCCGCCACGGUGGGAACGCUUGGUCUUCGGUCUCUGGUUGAACCUGUGCGACGUAUCAUUGAUCGUGUCCAUGGGCAUUUCUUGAAGGCUUCUGCGACGGAUGUUGACUUCUCGCACAAGUUGGUUGAGGUCUCUCAGGUUGAUCAGGAUGGAAAUACGAAGAACUUCUAUCUGCCUUACGAUAAGCUUGUUAUCGGUGUCGGCUGCGUGACAAACCCGCACGGUGUCAAGGGUCUCGAGAACUGCAACUUCCUGAAGACUAUUGACGAUGCUCGCCGAAUCAAGAACAAGGUGCUGGAUAAUAUGGAACAGGCUUGUCUGCCGACUACUACCGACGACGAGCGCCGCCGUCUGCUGUCUUUCGUUGUCUGUGGCGGUGGUCCUACUGGUGUCGAAUUCGCUGCUGAGUUGUUCGAUCUUCUCAACGAGGACUUGCUCCAUUCUUUCCCUCGCAUCGUGCGCAACGAAAUUUCCGUCCACAUCAUCCAGAGCCGGUCUCAUAUUCUGAACACUUAUGACGAAGCACUUUCCAAAUACGCCGAGGGCCGUUUCUCCCGUGACGGUGUUGAAGUCUUGACAAAUGCUCGAGUGAAGGAGGUCCAGAAGGAUCGCGUUCUCUUCUCUCAGGUUGAAGAUGGAAAGACCGUCGUCAAGGAAAUUCCUACCGGAUUCUGCCUUUGGUCUACCGGAGUUUCUCGUGCCGAGAUUUGCGAGACCCUCUCCAACCGUCUUGAAGGACAAAACAAUAAACACGCCUUGGAAACUGACUCCCACCUCCGGGUAAUUGGUGCUCCUCUGGGUGACGUCUACGCCAUUGGUGAUUGUUCCACGGUCCAGAACAACGUCGCAGAGAAUGUCAUCAAGUUCCUGCGCACCAUCGCCUGGGAGAAGGGCCGUGACCCCGAGAAAGUACACCUGAAUUUCGCCGAAUGGCGUGACGUUGCCAACCGCGUGAAGAAGCGCUUCCCUCAAGCCUCGAACCAUCUCCGCCGUGUGGAUCGCCUUUUCGAGCAGUACGAUGUCGACCACUCCGGCACCCUCGACUACGGCGAGCUCUCUGAGCUCCUGCACCAGAUCGAUACCAAGCUCACCUCUUUGCCUGCAACUGCCCAGCGUGCGAACCAGCAGGGUGUUUACCUGGGCCGCAAGCUGACCAAGAUUGCAUCCUCCCUCCCUGGUCUUAAGGCUAACGAGAUUGACUACGGUGACCUGGACGAGGCUGUCUACAAGGCGUUUAAGUACCAGCACCUCGGUAGUCUGGCAUAUAUCAGCAACGCUGCUAUUUUCGACUUUGGUGGUAUGAGCUUCAGUGGUGGUGUUGUUGCCAUGUAUCUCUGGCGCAGUAUUUACUUUGCGCAGAGUGUCAGCUUCCGUACGCGGUGUAUGCUGGCGAUGGAUUGGGCGAAGCGCGCUCUCUUCGGAAGAGAUCUUAUGAGCUUCUAAGCAUAUCCCACACAUUUCUUUAUCCCACUCAUCCUACACAAUUGCGAUGAGUAUGCUUGGCUGUCUUUUCUGAUGCUACGCUGGUUCGGCAUGAGAUAACCAUAGAUCAUCGUUUGCUCUAUUGAGCCAGCUUAGAGCUGGAGUUUGAGGCUUUCUUUGUCAUCUCGAUCGUCAUUGUGAUCUGAUCUGAAGAACUAUGAUUUGAUUAGCUAUUCUCUUUGUAUGGGCCCGGUUGGCCAAGGACACUUUCUUAUUUCUAUUCUGCUUUCUGUUCUUUUUUGGCCCGUGUCGGAUUUUCCUUGGAUUUUAUGAACUUUUGAACAUGGCUGCAUACAUUUGGUUUCUAUAGCCUGACUUGUAUAUAUAUUUUGGCUUAGGUGCCUAGAUUGGGGCUGAUGUGCCUUUGACCUGUAUUGACAACGCUCGCAGUCGUGUUCGUCGAAUACGUGGUAGAUGCGAGCAAUCUACCUAAACGAAUCAUAGUGGCUACAGUACUUGAAUCUCUGCAAAGGAAUAGAUAGAUACGUGAGAAGAGGGUUGUAAAUGUGAAGAAAUGUAUUUGUAUUGAGUUGACCUCGAUCCCGAGGUACCCGGCCCUGAGUGGGUAGCCAUAACGCCAAACAGACCAGACAAGCCUCAGAAGCGCCUCGCUAAAAAAGGACCCAGAAAAAGCAGAAAAAAAAGCAGUGACCCAACAGGAGCGCUAGGAGAAAAGUUUGCAGGAGGAACUCUUCACUGCGAUGUGCAGGCCUCACGCAACCAUGGUAUCGACAUCGCCGUUAUUGGCCAUCACAGUGUCGCCGGAACCAUUUUGGCUACUCCCAUUGUUGGCCGCAUCGUUACUGUUACGGGACUGGUUAUUAUCGUUGUCGCCGAGCAGGCCAAUGUCCAGCUUAUCCGGGAUAUCCUUCUUGGCGUCUCGGGCCUUGUGUUCGGCAAAAGCGCGAAGCUUGACGAGAUUGCGCAGACGCGCUUCUUUACGAGAGCCCUGGUUUUGAAGGAUGGCCUCGUUGACUCGCUGCGCGAUGUCUUUACGGAGGCUGGGAUCUAGAAGGGAAGCCAGGGAUGGGGAGAGGUUGUCGGUGGGGAAUAUCAGUAGAGCAAGCGUCCGCUCCAAGUCCUCAAGGAACUGUGGGUUUGUCGGAGCGCGGGGUGCUAGCUGGGUUGUUGCGAACUCCAGAGCAGGACUAAUGUCGCCAUCUGGAGUGGAGGUGCAAGUACGGAUUAGUUCUACCAGUUGCAAGCGCAGGAGGGCAAAAUGCAAUGCCGGG